ACAGGGCAUGGCUCCAGGGUGGUGACUCAAAGCUGCUGCUGCCAUUGUGCUGGCCUUGGUGGUGCAGUAGGGGACUCUAAGGGCACAUCUCGAGGUGCUGCAUGCUCAGCCCGGUGCUGCUGCAGGAACUUGGCUUGGGACACUAGAAGCAGCACGGGCUUCAAAAGGCUUGAAGCACAUUACCACCACACAGGCACGUCUUGUUCUGCGUUCCCACCACAGAUCCUCUGUGCCACAGGAUCUCUCCUUUCUUCCAUCCUCGCUCUCCACUGGGUGGAGAAGAACGCUAUAAGGAACAGGAGGUUAUUGUGCAGAAGACUCUCAGGCCGGAGCAGGGGGCUCCCUCCUCUAAUGCUGCAGCCGGACUCACCCCUGAACACCCCGCGGGCUGAGCCGCACCCGCGGUUCGGAGCGACCCCCUACAGCGGACAGGGAGCCUCCGCCUCGCCCGGACUAGCGGCCUCCAGGGAGCCAACGGCUGCGCGGGGCGCGGGGAGAGAGACACAGCCGGACAGCGGGGGCUGGACGGAGCUGCUGGGGCGGGAAUCGCCUCUUGUGAGAGUUUUGGCCGGCGCCGGCCCCUGCCCGUAGGCCCGCGCGGCCUCCCACGCCGCGGGCGGGGAGGACCGAGGGCGGCACCGCCCGACGGGCGCAGAACGUGCCGGAGCGGGGCGGGCCGGGGCCGCUGCUCCGCGCCGCGUGGGCGCUGCCUGGUGUGGAGCGGGGCUCGCGGAGCGGGACACGCGGGGCGGAGAUGCGGAGCGGGGCGGUCGGAUUUGAGUCAACUGCCUGGUCAGGAUGAGCUGGAGUUUCCUGACGCGGCUCCUGGAGGAGAUCAACAACCACUCAACCUUCGUGGGCAAGAUCUGGCUGACCGUCCUCAUUGUCUUCCGCAUCGUGCUGACGGCCGUGGGGGGAGAGUCCAUCUACUACGACGAGCAGAGCAAGUUUGUCUGCAACACGCAGCAGCCGGGCUGUGAGAACGUCUGCUACGACGCCUUUGCGCCCCUGUCCCACGUCCGCUUCUGGAUCUUCCAGAUCAUCAUGGUGGCGACGCCGUCGGUGCUCUACCUGGGCUUUGCCAUGCACCGCAUCGCUCGCAUGCCUGAGUCCUCACGGCGCCGGCCACCGUCAGCCCGGCGGGCACGCAUGCCGGUGGUGCGCCGGGGAGCCGGGCGAGACUACGAGGAGGCAGAAGAUGACAAUGAAGAAGACCCCAUGAUCUUUGAGGAGAUCGAGGUGGAGAAGGAGAAGAGCCCAGAGGGUGGAGAGAAGCAUGAUGGCCGGCGCCGUAUCAAGCAGGACGGGCUGAUGCGUGCCUAUGUCCUACACUUGCUGUGCCGCUCAGUGCUGGAGAUGGUUUUCCUCUUUGGGCAGUACCUGCUGUACCGCUUUGAGGUGAGCCCCUCCUACGUCUGCAGCCGCAGCCCCUGCCCACACACUGUCGACUGCUUUGUCUCCCGCCCCACUGAGAAGACCAUCUUCCUCCUCAUCAUGUAUGCAGUCAGCGGGCUCUGCCUCUUCCUCAACCUCUGCGAGCUCUUGCAUCUUGGUGUGGGGCGCAUCCGUGAUGCCCUGAGCCAGGCCGAUGGCUCCCCGCUCCCAGCUGGCGACAGUCCUGCACCACAAUACCCCAAGAAAGCCCCCAGCGCCCCCCCCACCUACCACUCCCUGAAGAAGGAGCUGCCACAAGCCCCACUGACCAACAGCAAGCUGGACUACCGGGAGAGCCUGGCCCAGGGGCGCUUUGCCCUGGCUGGAGCUCCCCCGGUGCACGAGCUGGACCGGCUGCGUGAGCAUUUGCGUCUGGCCCAGGAGCACCUGGAGGUGGCCUUCCACCUCCAGCCCCCGCCACGGCCCCCCAGUCCUGCCCGCAGCAGCAGUCCCGAGGCCAACGGCAUCGCCGCCGAGCAGAACCGCCUCAACCUCGCCCAUGAGAAGGGGACCGCUGCCUGUGACAGGACCACGGGGCUGUGAGUGUCACCAGGAACGACAGCGGUGUCUACUGGAGUGGCUGCCAUCGCCACCGUGGGAUCGGCGUCCUGCCAGGAGCACAGGGCAAAGGAUGCCACACGCCUGCCCAGCAGGGCAGUCUGGGCAGCCCUGUCCCAGUGGGCAGCAGAGGGGUCGGGGGCCAUGGGUUUCAUUCCUACUUAAUUUUCAGAAAGGGAAUAUCUUAUUUUUGUACGUUUUUAUAAACUCAUCAACAUGUGCACCCUGGCAUUUUUAUACUCCAUCCCAAUCUCCACUCUGGGCCUGUACCCCCCAUCUCCUGUUUCACCCACUUUUCCUCCUCUCACACCCAUUUUCCCCAGCAUGUUGUCCUCACACCUCCCUGUGCCCCCCAUGCCCUCUACCACCCACGGCAGCACCAGCUGGUGCUCUGCAUGUGCUGGUGAUUUUGGUACUGCCCCCUGAGUUGUGGGGGACUUAGGGGAGCAGGCUGGGGUCUGGCUGGCCAGGCCAAGCUGUGGGACAGAGUGCUGGGCUGGCAUUACUC